AAGGCACUUUGUGCUUCCUUUAAAGGAAAGCUGAACAUUGGCAUUGACACCAUUCAGCACGGGGUAGAAGGACUAGUGUAUCUUCUUACUGAGAGUUCCAAGCUUAUGAUUUCUGAGGUUGACUUUCAAGAUUCCAUUCAUGUUUUGGGAUUCUCAGAUGAAUUGAACAAAUCUUUGCUCCAGCUGUACCUUGACAACAGGAAAGAGAUCAGGAGCAUUCUUGGAGAGCUAGCACCCAGGCUUCCCAGCUACCACAGUCUGGAGUGGAGACUGGAUGUGCAGCUUGCAAGCAGAAGUUUGAGGCAACAGAUCAAGCCUGCUGUGACUAUGAAGCUACAUCUUAACCAAAAUGAAGACCAAACUGCCCAGGUGUUGCAAACUGACCCUGCUACCCUUCUCCACCUUAUCCAGCAACUGGAGCAGGCGUUGGGGGAGAUGAAGAUGAACCACUGUAGAAGAAUAGUGCGCAACAUGAAAUAACCUCCACUCCUCUCUGCUCUCUUACUAAGCAGUUUGUAAAACAACUCAAAACAUUGCUCACAAAUACAUUUUGAGGAAAAAUAAACAUCUGGAUCAGAUGAACUGUUUUCCUGUGCCAGGAUCUUGAGCCAGUAUUUACUGGCCAAAUGUCCUCAGCUGCCAGCUUUGCACAUUUAUAUGUGGUGAUCUUUUUCAUAGAACCAUCUUCAUAUAUAGUUCAUGGUAACUAAAUGUGAUCAAAUAUUACUGCUUUUGAUUUUUGAUUAGUAUUUUUCAUGUAAUUGAUCUCUGUUUUCAGAUGAAACACAAGAUUAGCUCAUACAUAGGUGAGUGGCUUCCCUCAUUCUGUCUCUCCUCACUACAGCCAUAGUCUGGAAGUCAGGGCAGCAAAGUGGGAGUUUUAGAUACAAAUCCUAGAAGCUUCUUCUGUUGUCUCACUAGUGCCUGAUGAAUCUGAACAUAUUUACCUUUUUUUCUCUUAGAAUGUUUUAAAUAAAAACCCAGCUGCUGUAGAGCUGAUUGGCAUCAUGGUAAGUGCUGGCAGUCUACACAUGGCUCAUAUCCUGAAGCAUGUGCUACCUGAGAGUGUUGAGGGUUUUCCUUAGGGAUUCUGAGUAAAAUGGUCAGUUGAAAGCAGAUGUUGAGAAUGCAGAAUGUCUCUGGAGAAGCCUGCAUGUUCCUUUGUGCAGUGUGUUGCAACAGUGAAAAAGGAAGAGCUGCAACACUGAAUUGUUUUGUUUCCUUUGCAAAAAAUUACCUCAGCUAAAGAUGAUCAAAGGUAAGCUUUGAAGCUGGAUGAAACAGAGAGAAACUCAAAUGCUAGCAGUGAUCCACAAACAGACUCAAGGAGAGAGGGGAGGAGAAAGAUCCUUUACACCAAGCAUCUUACUUUUAAAUUGUACCUUUCAGUUUGUUCUGGGGGAAGUACUGAGCCUGGAAAAGCAGCUGCUCAGCAGCAGGAUUUGGGCUUAAUUAUUGGAAAGGAAGAUUUGCCUUUAGGUGAGGUUGGAACUGGUCUACACCUCUGCAAGUUCUCACUUCUCUGUCUUCACAGCAUCCAGGGCAGCUCCUGUGGGUUAGCACUUAAGCCCUGCUGGUGAGUGUGCCUGCACAGCAACCAGCUCUGGCUGUCGGUGCCUCUGCACAGCAGCUGAGGCUGGGAGUGAAAAGGCACAUGUGUCAAUAACCCAGAGAUACUGGUAAAAUAGGAAUUCACCCUUGGAUGCAGACUUUGAUUUUAUUGUAAACUCCCAAAUUAAAGGUGGCAUAUUAAGCUAAAUUUAA